UUGGUUUUAAUUUUUUGGUUUGACUAACUUUACGGUAUCAAAAACAUGUAGAAAAGUAUUCUGAAGAGUGAAACUUGAAAAGCACCGUUUAUUAUAGGCUAGAAAUACGUACUGUGUCGUGUAUCGAUGAAAGGGAAAAAGCGGGAAAGGCGUUUGCUAAUACCGGUUGUAUAUGAAGUUUAUAUGUAUCUAAUCGUUGUUAAUUAAUGCUCGUAAUUUGGGUAAUUACUGCAGUGAUUGGGUUUGUCAUUUACUCGUUGAUCAAAAUAAAGAUUGAAGAGUUGCUUGAUGAAUGCAGAAUGAGUGGUUUUGGCUCCAGGAGGUCAUGCUCACCACAUUUAGAAUCUCGGUGUUCAAAUGGGUCGUCACCCAAUCAACAAGGAGUAAUAGAACUUUCGUCAGAUGCCUCUGAUAGUGACAUCGACGAUACAAUAUCAGAGGUGUCAGACAACAGUAACUUGUACGAUAAGUUUUUGUCUAAGUUUCACCAAUCCACGGAUAGCAUAACAUCCGGUGAAGAUGUAGAAGAGUUAGUAUUUCCAUCUACUUCCGGCUCUGAUGUUAAAACUUCGAUGUUUGGGUGGAAUAAGAAAAAUAUUAAUUUAAAAAAGUCCACUAUUACAGAGGAUGAUGAAAAUGACUCUAUUAAAGCAGAAAUAACCUCAUUUCCUUUUACUGGGAAAAGAUCAAGACAAAAAAAAAUCAAUUUUAUCGCUGAUGAUGACAAUGAUUUUUGUGAUAGUUCAAAUAGCAAAUCAGAUGCAUUUAAUAUCAAAGAUGGGAAAAAAUUUAAUGAAAAUGUGUUACCUGAAGUAACGGUUCAACAUGAACAAAUGAUAUCAGGAAUCAAUGUUAAACUUCCUGUGAAACCUUACUCGUGUCAAGUUGCUGUAAUGAAUAAGAUUAUACAGGGUUGUUUAAAGAAGGAAAACUGUCUACUGGAAAGUCCAACAGGAAGUGGAAAGACUUUGGCCCUUCUCUGCGGUGUUCUGGCUUGGCACGAUCAUCAUACUGCCGAGGUCCGCAAGCUGGCAGAGUCAAGCGACUUGGAUUAUUGGUCAGAGAAUUCCAAGGACUAUUCACCUGAAGUCGAACAUGGGGAAAAAGAUUUUAAUUCGUGCAACGAUAUUCAUUUUGACAAGGACAAGUUACACAUACCAAAAAUAUUCUACGGCACACGAACGCACAAGCAAAUCGAGCAAGUCGUGAGGGAGUUGCAGAAGACUUCCUUCAAGCACAAAAAAAUGACUGUUUUGAGCAGUCGAGAGCACACGUGCAUUCAAGAGAGCAUCAGGAACAAAACGGAGCUGUGCAACGAUUUAUUGGACCCUUCAAAGCACAAAGGGUGUCCAUUUUACAAUGAAAGCAACAGAAGGACCAUUAGUAAUUUUCGUACGUUGGGAUCUCUAGGUUUGAAUCCAGUAUGGAACAUCGAAGAGUUGGUUGCCAUAGGCAAAGAUAGCAGUGCAUGCCCGUAUUUUGCUGCCAGGAGCUUAAUGGAGCAGGCAGAUAUUAUCUUUUGCCCUUACAAUUACAUCAUUGAUCCCGAUAUCCGUGAGAGUAUACAACUAAUGGUUAAAAACCAGGUGAUCAUCCUCGACGAAGCCCACAAUAUCGAAGACAUUUGUAGAGACUCUGCAAGCUACAAUUUUCGAGACGAUGAUCUCAUAGCUGCGGGAAACGAUUGCGAUAGCCUCAUAUCCAGUAGGGCUUCGAGUGCUGAGACCUACAAAACUCUGAAAACAUACAUCCUUCGUUUGAUAGAUUUCCUCAAAAACCUUACGCUUGGCAACAUUGACAAAUUCAACGCCGAUUUGUCGAGCCCAUACUGGACUGGUCCAGAACUCUUAGAACUACUCGAUAUGAAUCAUCUUGGGGGGUCACUGUGUUCAUCUUUCAUCGAGGCUGGAAAGCAAGCACUGGCAGACUACAACAAUGCAAAAGAAGAUAAUCGAUUAAACACGUCGGUGAGACCAGUCGUCAGCAACCAAACCAAAAAAAUCAUCGAACAUCUGAUGGUUGCCUUAAAGAUGAUCACUUUGGAAAUAUAUACAAACGACUACAGAGCCUGCGUGAUCGAGACCAAAGUGAAGGAUUAUAAAUACGCAGUAGAUGACACUUGGCACUCGGUGAGAAAGCACACACAACGUGCUCGUACCCUGAAACUGCUCUGUAUGAAUCCUGGGGUGGUCUUUUCUCCGCUUUCCGAAGCUGCACGGUGUAUAAUUCUCGCUUCUGGUACCCUAACUCCGACCGGAUCUUUCCAGAGCGAGUUGAGCACAAAGUUCGCCCAUAUAUUGAACACUGCCCACGUGAUACCAAAAGAUCAAGUUCUCGCGACUUGUGUACCGAAGGGACCACAAGGACAUUCCCUGAGAGCCACGUAUGGAAACGUAAAUCAAUGGAAAUUUCAGGAUGAACUGGGUCAGGUGUUGAUCGACGUUUGCGAAUCGGUACCGCACGGAAUUCUGUGUUUCUUUUCCUCGUAUAAUAUGAUGCACAAACAAAUAGAAAGGUGGAAACACAAUCAGAUGUGGGACAGAAUCGCGAGAAGGAAACGCGUGUUUAUGGAGCCACGUUUGGGAAACGAUCUCGCUCCAAUCAUGCAAGACUAUCGCCAGUUUAUAGAGCAGACAUCGACCGGACCUAUCGAGAACAUCGAUGGCGCCUUAUUAUUGGCAGUGUUCAGAGGAAAAGUAGCCGAAGGAAUAGACUUCAAAGACGAUGAAGCUCGAUGCGUAGUAACGGUUGGUAUACCAUUCGCGGUAAGAACGGAUCCCGUUAUUGAGAUGAAAUUUAAAUAUAACAAUAUGAAUGCCUCAAAAGGUUUGCUGAACGGCUCCGACUGGUACUCUAUCCAGGCAUUUAGAGCUCUGAAUCAAGGGUUGGGUCGUUGUUUAAGACAUAUCAAUGAUUGGGGAGCGGUGUUGUUAGUGGAUGAUAGGUUUUUGAUGCAAGAUUACAAGGAUAAACUGCCAAAAUGGGUUAAAACAAUGUGGACCGAGCAGAAAGAAUAUAACCUGAAGGAGUCGCUUCGUAACUUCGUAGCGAGACAAAAAGCAAGAGAAGAAAGUAUUGAGUGAGGUAUUUAAAAAAUAGGGAACAUUUGAAA